AUGAGCGCCGCCCCUCAGCUACGGGCCGCUAUUUUGAUAGUCUCGACGACGGCUGCGAAUGAUCCUUCGGCCGAUGCUUCCGAGGCAACUCUACGGCAGGUCUUUGAAGCAGAAGGCGGCAAAUGGGACGUUGCUGAGGCGGCCAUCGUUCCAGAUGCGACGACACGAAUUCAGCGUCAGCUCAAGCGCUGGAGCAAGGGCGCUGGCAAGGUGAACCUGAUUGUGACCACCGGCGGAACUGGAUUUGCUCAGGGUGAUGAUACUCCCGAGGCGGUUUCUGAAAUUCUGGACAGGCCGGCUCCCGGGCUAGUGCAUGCCAUGCUGAGCGCAUCGCUCGCAGUGACACCUUUCGCGAUGAUGUCAAGGCCGGUCGCCGGUGUCUUGAAUGAGACCGUCAUCAUCACCCUACCCGGCUCCCAAGGGGCUCGUGAAAACCUGGAAGCCGUUAUCAAGACUCUGCCGCACGCAUGUCUCAAGCGGCCGGCGCAAACUCUAGAGCUCUCCACACUGGCGGAGUCAAGCGAUUGGAGGCCGAAGCCGGGGUAUCACCACAAGGCGGGGGCGGCAGUUCAGCCUCAUCACCACCAUCCUCACUCACACUCUCAUGGCCACGGGCAUGGUCACGGUCAUGGCGGACUCGUGAGACAUACUAAACCCGGCAGCGAGCAUCUUUCCAACGACCCUAGCCUGGGGCCCAGCCGUCGGCAAAGAGCUUCGCCUUACCCCAUGCUUGAUGUUCCGGAUGCCCUCGCCUUGAUAGAGGAACACACCCCAAGGCCAAAAACGGUGACCUCGGCGGUAAAUACCCAGCUCGUGGGCUCUAUCCUCGCCCAAGACGUAGUCGCUCGAGAAAACGUCCCUGCUUUCCGGGCGAGCAUCGUCGACGGUUACGCAGUAGUCGUACCAUCCGACGGGAAUAUGAAGGGCACCUACCCAGUAACGGCCAUCUCCCAUGCGGCGCCAGGAGAGGCAAAGCCACUCAAACUAGGCGAGAUUGCGAGGAUCACUACGGGCGCACCCCUUCCCGAGGGUGCUACGAGCGUCAUCAUGGUAGAAGACACAGUCCUUAAAAGCAUGACCGAUGACGGAUCGGAGGAGAGGGAAGUCGAGCUUCUUGCCGACGGCGUCAAGGAAGACGAGAACAUCCGAGAGGUUGGCAGUGACAUCAAGCAAGGGACAAAGAUCAUGUCCAAGGGCGAAAAGAUAUCCGGGGUCGGGGGCGAACUCGGCCUGCUCGCCGCCGUGGGCGUCGCCGAAGUCGAGACCUAUAGCCGGCCCGUCGUCGGAGUCUUGUCGACCGGCGACGAAAUUGUCGAGCACGACAAGCCGGGAAACCUCCGCCUCGGCGAGGUCCGCGACACCAACCGCAUCACCCUCCUAUCCGCAGUCCGCCAGUGGGGCUUCGAGGCCGUAGACCUCGGCAUCGCUCGCGACAAGCCGGGCACUCUGGAGCAGGUCCUCCGGGACGGGUUCCGCCGCGUAGACGUGAUCAUCACGACGGGCGGCGUCUCCAUGGGCGAGCUCGACCUGCUCAAGCCCACCAUCGAGCGAGCCCUCGGCGGCACGGUCCACUUUGGGCGCCGGACGGUGAAGCCCAUCUUUUCCCUCCCGGGGAACCCCGCGUCCGCUCUCGUCACCUUUCACCUCUUCGUCCUGCCUUCCCUCCACCACCUGUCCGGCCAGAGCCCCGCUGGCGUACCCAGCGUUCCCGUCACCUUGUCUCAUGACUUCCCUCUAGACAAGGGCCGCCCAGAGUACCACCGUGCCUGCGUCUCCGUGGGGCGCGAUGGCCUGCUCUCGGCGAGCAGCACUGGCGGCCAACGCAGCUCCAAGGUGGGGAGCAUGAAGACAGCUAAUGCUCUGCUCUGCAUGCCCAAGGGAGAAGGCCCUCUGCGAACGGGCCAUGUUGUCCAAGCCCUGCUCAUUGCCCCGAUCCAGCCAUUGUGA